AAACACAUUUUGUUUACCUCACCUCAAUCAUUACAAAAGCAUCACUUUCACAAAUGCGUUUCUAAAAAUAAUAACAUCUCUAUUUCUUGUUUUUAUGAUUGACGACGAAAGGUACGAUAAAUUUGCUAAUUCAACAACAAAAAUAAAUUCUAAAAUAAAACUCGGCGAACGUCACCACACUAAGAACAGCCACCUAUCCAUAUAAUAUAAAUAAUAACGAAAAACAACACAGAUCCAAGACUUCUUUCGUGCCACAAGUAGUUGAAUCAGUUUUUGAUCACUUGUUAGCGGAUAAGGAAAGUUCCCAUCAGUCACCCUCACCAAUUUUAAGCAUGCAAUCGAAAGCAAAAAAGAAGCUUAUAAAACGGGGAGAUCGUAUCCUAACUGAGAAGCCCUUUGUCUAUGUCCUUCAUUCAAAAUAUCGCAAAGAACGAUGUGACAAUUGCCUAGUGAGUGGUAAGGUUCUCAAGUGCUCCAACUGCCAAUAUGUGUACUACUGCAAUAGAGCAUGCCAAAUGCAGUCCUGGAUAAUGCACAAAAGUGAAUGCAAUUCCUUGAAAAAAAUUGGUUCUCGUAUUGUACCAGAUGCAGCACGAAUUCUUUCUAAAAUUAUCAUCAAACUCGAUUCGGGUGGUGAUUUGACAAAGAGCUACUACACGGAGACAUCUUUUCGGCGAUUUAAGGACCUAAUGUCGCAUUAUGCUGAAUUGAAAAAUGAUGCAAAGAGAGUGGAGCAUUUAGAGGCACUGCAUUCGGUUCUGUGUGAACUAAUGGAAGACAAAAUUGUGCCAAAUAUGUCAGAGCUAAUGGGGAUAUACGGGCGGUUAGUUACAAAUGGCUUUAACAUUCUUGAUCCCGAAAUGAAUGCCAUUGCCACUGGUAUUUAUUUAGGAGUUUCAGUGACUGAUCAUAGUUGUAAGCCCAAUGCUGUGGCUACAUUUGAGGGGACAGAGUUACACAUUCACGCUACAGAGGAUAUGGAAUACCUGGACUGGUCAAAGAUCUUCAUCAGCUAUAUUGAUCUCCUCAAUACUCCAGAACAGAGACGGCAAGAAUUGAGUGAUAACUAUUUCUUUUUGUGUAUAUGUUCCAAAUGCAUCGAUCCUCAGGAAACAGUUGAAAUGAACGGUGGAGUUUGUCCGAAUAAAAACUGCAGUGAAAUGGUUAACAUGUCACUAAAUAAUUGCUCCAAAUGUGGUACUGGCAUAAGUCCCAAACAUAGAAAUGCAUACAAUGAAGUUUUGGCACUGACAAAGCUUCAUUUGGAAAAUAUGAAAGAAACUACAUACCUCGAUAUUUGUAAAAUGUGCUUGCCCAGGCAAAAAGGUGUGUUACAUCCGAUGAGUCUUUGGCAUGUAAAAACACUUGAUGCUGCUGUAGAAAGUGCUUUUUCCAUGGAAAAGUGGAACGAUGCAUUAGAAUUUGCCAUUCAGCUUUUACCAGGAUUUAGGAAAUACUAUGGAAUGUGGAAUCCAUUACUGGGGCUGUUAUAUGUCAAAGUAGCCAAACUUCAACUGUACGAAGGUUUUUUCAAAGAAGCCCAACAUAAUUUAAAGGAAGCUUUUAAAAUUAUAGAAAUAACACACGGUCGUGAUCAUACUUUAUAUAAGGAAACAUUAACGACUCUUAUGAUGCAAAUAACUUAUGAACUAUCCAAAUAGUAUAAGAUUGUUUUUUAUGUGAUAAUAAUAUAUGCAUGUAUGUUAAAAUUAAAA